UCCAGGAAAGUAUGGCUGUAAUGGGAAAUGCUCUUUAGGGAGUUGAUAGUCUUUAAAUGAUGAUUUCUUUCCACAGGAACUUAGAGUAACAGAUCCGGCACCGUAUGAAUCCUCAUUAGGAAAGAGGUAAAAAAGACCAUUCCCUCAAGGUAAGUAAUACUGGAAUGUGGUAACAUAGACGUGUAUAAUUUCCAGAAUUAGGGAGCAGCAAUCCAUACCCCCACUUCCUUGAAUAAUUAGCAAAUAGUCAAUGUUUAAACAGGCAACAAGAAAUGUAGGCAAACAAGGCUUUCACGGUAAAGUCUCAGGUGGAUCAGGCAGAUGAGAAACAAGGGUAAACAAGCAGUCUUAGCAUAAUAAGCCAGGCAGGUAGAGAGGCAAGGGUUAACAGCACAGUCUUAAAGUAAUGAGCCAGGCAACAUAGGCAAGCAAGGGUUACAGUAAAGUCUUUGGUGAGAAAUAAUACCUAUACUUGGCAACAAGUCUUGAAUAGGUUAAUCAAUGCUGUUGAGUAAUUCUUGGGGCAAUAUUUAGCCCAGGCAAUGAUUAUACAAGACUAGGUAAUUCUUAAUAACUCGUUGGUAGAGGAAGGAAUGUAGAGCCGUUGCUAUGGAUGAAGAGCCGGUUGCUAUGGCUGGAAGCUGUUGCUAUGGCUGAAGGGCUGGGUGCUGUGGCUGGAAGCUGUUGCUAUGACUGGAACUUCCUAGAAAUGGAGCUUGAUUGAAGUGAGAAUGUGCUGGAGGCAGAAACGUGCAGGAACAAGCCCAAGAAGCUGAUUCACCAAGCUGAAGAACGCUGCAGGAGAGCCAGGACCAGAAACUGCAAGAAACUGCAGAAAGUCUGACACGAGGAUCUGAAGCAGGGAGACGCCAAACUUACUUCCGGGUUAGCGUGUGUUUCAGAUGUGGCUGUAAUUUACAGUGAUGGACUCGAUUGAGCGUAGGUUUGGUGUGAUGUUCAGUUAUGCUGCCGUGUGCCUCCUUUCUGCAGUUAUACAAGUGCAAGGUUCCAAACUACUGGACAGCUUAGAGUGCUAUAAUGAUUAUAACUCAUUAGUCACCUGCACUUGGACUGCCAACCGACCUUAUGAACCUUAUGUCAAUAUGACAUUAUAUGAAAAGAGAAACAGCAGGAACACAACUUGUAAGUCCCUCACACAGACCAAUCUCACCUGGACAUGUCUCAGUGAAAAUGACAUUUAUGUUACCACGACAGAACAGUAUCACUUUCAACCUGACCGCAAUCUGGAAAAACAACUUAAUUUAACAGACAAAGGCACUGGUCUCACAGAGAAUCCCAACCCCAUUACGUACUACAAUGAUGAUGGGUAUUUCCUUCUAUGGUCAGAAGCUAAUUAUGCUCCAGACAAUCAAACUCAGGAAAUUUCAGAGUGCGAAAGCCGAUACAAGGAGAUCUCAGAAAACUGGGAGAAUUCAUCAAUGGCAGAGUGCAUCAAUGUAUGGGCUGUUUAUAAACCAAAGGCAGGAAAAUCCCAUGUUGCACAAAUGAGAGUAAAAUAUAAUAAUGGCCACUGGAGUAACUGGAGCUCGGAAGUUGUGCUUGAACCUAAAACGGCAGAAGAUGAAGCCAAACCCCAAAACUUACGUUGCAUACACCUUUCUGGACAAGUGCUAUGUGCCUGGGAGGUGAGGGUGGAAGUAGCUGAUGUUGUGUCCUUCAAACUAUUCUACAAGGAGACUGAGUCUAACAAGGAUAAAAAAUGUAGCCACACAUGCCAGAUGGAGGUCCCCAAUGUUCCGUACAUCUCCUGUCGCUGCAGCAUUAAGACAGAGAAUUUUAAUCCAGCCAGCUGGCAAAUAAGUGUAAAACCAGAAAAAGAAGUCAAAACGAUAAUAGCCUGUGAUAAUGUUCGUUAUGGACCACCCAUUAACCUUUCCAUUCAUGAAAAAGAGCAAGGGCAGCUCUACCAAGCCAGAUGGAGCACUGAGACAAUAAGCAAUUCCUUGACACUGCGCUAUCAGAUUUGCUACUGGAGAGAAGGUCAAUUUCGCAAAAAUAAGACAUUUCCUGACUGCCAGUAUGAGCUAAAAGAAAAACCCAUGAAUGAAGACCGGGUUGUGGCGCUUCGCCUUGGUAAUGAACUGGGGCCCUCAAGCAACUACAAAAUAAAGGUUCGGAUGGGCAUCCUGAAUUUGCAAGGGGAAAGUAUGUGUCCUCGUGGACCAUGGAGUGAGUGGAGCAAAACGGAAAAUUGGAAAACCAAAACAGCUCCUAAUCACAUGCCUCUGUACAUAGUGAUCCCGAUAUGCAUCAUCAUCCUCAUCGUCUUCUGUAUUUAUGGAAAUAAAUGUAUGAGAAGGUAUAAAAGUAAAUGGGAAGAGCUGAUUCCAGACCCCAGCAAGAGCAACCUUAUUCUUAAUUUUGAGCAGAAAAGGAAGAAGUCCCAAUUGAAUUUAAACUGUCCUGAUUACCGCGAAUACGAGGAGCUGACAGAUAGCUGCAGAAUAAAUGACCCCAUUGAUAUGAUACCCGAGAAAGAGAAGCGUCUUUCAACCUUGAGUCACAGCAAUCUCAUCUACUGGAAUCCUCCUGAGGUUCCAAACGAAGAAGAUAAAUAUAAUGAGACAACCAUCACAAUAGCUUCGGGAUACCAGCCAUUUGAAGAACUGGUUCAUGUAUCACAAAGUAAAGUCUAUUCAGAAGACCACUUUGCACCAUUUAAAUGGGAUGAUAAGGAACAUAAGGAACAACAAAGUCAGUUUGUACCAAUUGAUUUUAAUGGUCCAUAUAUUUUCUAUCCUUAAUUUAGAAGGAGUUUGUACCUGUGGAUUUAAUGGUUUUAUAGACAAACGCUUGCAAGAACCAUCAGCCAUUUGCGUAAUGCCCCCACCAGUUAAAGCUUUUCUCCCUAUUCACAUUUUGGUACUUCAUUGCAUGUUAUGGACUUGGACUAUGCCAUGAACUUUAUAAAAAGUAAGGAGCGUUCAUUGCAGCAUUAAGGUGGAUAUACAUUAAGACAUAAGAAAUUGCUCUAUUGAGGCAAUAUUUGUAUCCUCUUUCUUGUUUGUAUAUAAAAGAUAGGAAUGUAUUAUUAUUCCCUUGUUGCUUUGUUUGCAAUAGUUUCUAUGAAGCUGUUCACGUAGCCUUGUCUCCACUGUUCUCUGGAUGGCAGGCCACAGCCUUUUUCUGCACCUCCAAUAGCCCUUCAAAAUUAUGAUAAUCCCAUAGGUAAAUAGUCAGCAGGGGUAUGACCUGCUAGAGGAGGGGGGAUGGUGAGAUUUCAAUCAAUUUUCGGAAGUCAAAUGUGGCUGUUAAUAGGAAACUCUAGGUACACCGUCAACAGACACAUCUCCAGUGUGUUCUGCGCCUGUAUAAACAGAUACCCUUAACAGUACAGAGAGACAGCAUAAAGCUUUACCAACAUAGGUAUUCCCCUUUACUAGGCACAAUUAUACAGGAAUAUAAACUACCACCGGCCUGUACAAAGAGAUUAUUUUAAACUAUCCGAGUACAAGUAAAUAGUGACUUAUACAAUAUGUAUUUCUAGCCUGUAUAGCAAAUAAAGUUCUGUCUUGAAUAAAAAAGGGCAUUAACUCAA